AUGCGGAGGGCUCCUCCGGCCCUUCGGGUGGCUGGUGAGGACGAUGCGAAUGUCGUUUCUUUGAAUAAAACCGGUAAAGCAUCUUGGAAGGAAACGUGCUUUUACACGGGGUUCCCAGCGGGGCGUGAAGAGCUGAAAACUGAGACCAACAUCACCCUGAAAGUGGCUUUAAAGCCCAACAACCGCAGGUCGGACCUCGCCGCGUCCCAGGCCGUGGAGCAUUACAGUACCUAUAGCCAAGCUGCAGCUCAGCAGGGCUACAGCGCGUACGCACCGCAGCCAGCUCAAGGAUAUGCACAGACCACCCAGCAGACGUACGGGCAGCAGAGUUACGGAACCUACGGACAACCCGCCGACAUCAGCUACACGCAGCCCCCAACGACUGCGACGUACGGGCAGACCGCGUAUGCCACGUCCUACGGGCAACCUCCUACCGGUUACACUGCCCCAACGGCCCCCCCGGCGUACAGCCAGCCCGUCCAGGGCUACGGCACGCCCGCCUACGACACCAACACCGCAACGGUUACCACCACCCAGGCUUCCUACGCAGCACCGUCCCCGUACGGCCCCCAGCCCGCCUACCCGGCCUACGGGCAGCAGCCGGCACCGUCUGCUCCCGCAAGCCAGCCCGGCCUGGGGUACGGACAGAGCAACUACAGCUACCCACAGGUGCCUGCCAGCUACCCGAUGCAGCCCGUCACGGCGCCUCCCUCCUACCCUCCUACCAG